AUGAGGCUCGUGCACUUGCUACCAGAGCCUACCAUAUCUAGGCAGGACUGUAACAUGCUGCAGCACCUUGCAGACACACUCGCAGGACAUAACAUCUCCCAGUAUAAUACUCUCGUGGUGACGAAAGACGGUCGUGCCGAUCCCCAACGCUGGCGUGAAGUUCGACGGCGAGGCAAUGUGCGCAUCUACAAUGAGCGCCUAACGUCUACUGCACAGUGUCCAGCAACACCGCAGCUUCUACUACUAGGUACUAUCGAGGGGAAGUUAGAAGAGGUCAUGUAUGGAGCAGUGGCAACCACGGACGAGGCCAUGAGGAUUCAGUCUGCCUGCACGAAGGACAACGUUCGAGACAGCAAGGUGCUGUACGAGAUCGUCCAGCCAAGCUUUCACGACCCGUUCCGUACCGUCGCCGUAAAAUGGCGACUGUACGAGGGACGUGACUACGUGUCUCUCGAUGCAACAGGAAUCACUCAAGUCGGUGGAUGCGAACGAGUAGGAUAUAGCAUUUCACACUCGGUGGCUCUGUCGGACAUCCCGAGCUUUGAGCGAUCUCACGGCAUCGAGCGAGGAAACAUGUCCGUGUGCGCACUGUACCGCCAAAAGACACCCACGACAGUGGAGUGCUACGUUCGUGGCUUCUUCGACUUCAACACGAAAAAUGAGGUGCUCAAGAACAUGUCACUCCAGACUAUCGCGACGCAGUGGUCGGCAUACGCACGGAAGAAUUCGUGUGCUCUAGCCAAGAAAUUGUCCUGGAAAGUACGCAAGAACUGCGGGUGGAGCUCUCAGUCCUCUCGAACGUAUUCGUUCGCCGAUGACUUGGACGACUUUGUAGCCCCAACGGCCAGGCAUCGACCAGCAAGCUCUAGCGGACCUAUUCGAUGCGCCGUGUGCCACAAAGCAUCCAGCUUCUUACAGUCGAUCCGACGGACUUGCACGAGCUGCGAGCUGCCAGUAUGCUCGAAGUGUGCCGUCAAGAAAACGGUCGUUGCUCUCGCGCCUGACCAACACACCAUACUGGAGCGGAAGCGCGCAUUUUGCGUGCCUUGCAUGAAUGCAGUGGAGAGCUGCGAUGUGAUGCCCAUCGCGAGGGAGGAACUCGUGGGUCAGUUAGAAGAAGAGAGCGAAGAAGACAUCGACGUAUACUGGGCUCGGCUGUCGUCCAUGACCGCUAAUUCCAGCUGCUACUCGAGCGUCGUUCUCGUUGGCCGAGGUAGGAGUGACCUCUCAUGA